CGUUCUUGAAUAAUCUGAUGCAAGCACAUGUCAACAACAUAUGGUUUUUUGGGGAAAUUUUAUGAAGAAGGAACUUUGACAAGAGUUUCGCGUACAUUGUUAAUAUUAUAACAUUGCUUUCGAGUGAUUUUAAUAUAUUAUAAAAUAAGUCUCGAUUACAACAACGUUAUGUCAGGGGAAGGAGUGGAAGUCCCAACCCCUGGGGUUGAAAAUCUGUCAGUGGCAGAAGGGAAUGAUGACUUUGUCGAUCCGUGGAAUGUUCAGAGCUCUUCAACGGCAGGGGUGGAUUAUGACAAGCUUAUAAAGAGAUUUGGAAGCCAGAAGAUAGAUGAUGAGUUGAUAAAUAGAAUAGAAAAAGUAACGGGGAAGCCUGUACACCAUCUGCUGAGGAGAGGCAUUUUCUUCUCACAAAGAGACAUGCAUCAGAUAUUGAACUUGUAUGAGCAGAAGAAACCAUUCUUCCUGUACACAGGGCGUGGCCCAUCCUCGGACUCCAUGCAUCUUGGUCAUCUUAUACCAUUCAUAUUUACAAAGUGGCUUCAGGAGACAUUUGAUGUGCCACUCGUGAUCCAGCUGACAGAUGACGAAAAGUUUCUCUGGAAGGAUCUGGCCAUUGAAGAGGCAAACAGACUUGCCUACCUAAAUGCCCGAGACAUCAUCGCUCUCGGCUUUGACGUUAACAAAACAUUCAUCUUCAGUGACAUGGAGUAUAUAGGGUCGUGUAAAGAAUUUUACAUGAACAUGUGCCGGGUACAGAAAUUGGUCACCUUCAACCAGGUGAAGGGAAUAUUCGGGUUUGGGGACAGUGACUGUAUUGGCAAAAUCAGCUUUCCGGCAAUCCAGGCUGCUCCGAGUUUUAGCUCCUCCUUCCCGCUCAUCUUCAAUGGGAGAAAGGAUGUGCCAUGCCUCAUCCCCUGUGCGAUUGACCAGGACCCAUACUUCAGGAUGACCCGAGAUGUUGCCCCACGUAUGAACAUGCCGAAGCCUGCCCUGCUGCACUCUACAUUUUUCCCUGCCCUGCAGGGGGUACAGAGCAAGAUGUCUGCCAGCGAUCCAAACUCAUCGAUCUUUCUCACAGACACUGACAAACAGAUCAAGAACAAGGUAAACAAGUAUGCUUUCUCUGGAGGUGGAGCGACAGUGGAAGAGCAUAAAGAGAAGGGAGGUAACUGUGAUGUGGAUGUCUCAUACCAAUACCUGACAUUCUUCCUUGAGGAUGAUGAGAGACUCGCACAGAUUAAAAAGGACUACACAAGUGGGGAACUGUUGACCGGUUAUUUGAAGAAAGAACUCAUAGAAAUUCUCCAGAAAAUAGUGACCCAGCAUCGAGAAAAUCGGCUCAAGGUCACAGAUGACAUUGUCAAGCAGUUCAUGACGCCCAGAAAAUUGAACUUUCAAUAUUGAUGAUUGCAAUAUUUAGUGCUUUUUUUAAAUAUUUAUUAUUAAACAGUGUGUUAACAUCUAUGCACCAUGAACAGUGACUUAAUUUCUGGCAGAAUAUUUGCAAGUGAACUUAAUGUUUAUAAUGACACAUUAUUAUACUGCCUUGAACGGACAUGGCAGCAUGCAGUGGACCAGGAGCCUGUUUCUAUGAAAUCAAACAAAGGGAAAUUAUCUAAGGGUCAUAUUUUUAUUAUUUGUAUAAAUUAUUUGAUAAAAACUGAUAUUUAGCUGGUAUUCAAGUUGAAAACACAGUCGAGAAAACGUAAAACAUAUACUUGGUACCUUUUUGUCAAGUGUUACGUUCCUAUAGAUUAAAGAUUUUCUCACAAACCACCAAGAUCCUUUUUGAUAUAAAAAUAUGUAUCUUAAGUAAAUAAUUUUUGUGCAAUACACCACUCAAUGUUAACAUAUUGUGAGUACUUCUUACUAUAUGGGUUUUUGGCGGUAUUUCUUUUAAAAUGCACCAUAAAAAUUGGUUUGAGGUUAGGUGUAGAACAUUCAUUUGGCAAUAAAGGCAACAGGAACUGAAUGUCACCAAGAAGAUUUAUGUUAAAUGCUGUUGAUAUAUUCUCCAUUUGAAAAGUUAGUGUAACAUAUUGGUCAACUCCCACUGUCAUUUUAAACAAAUAAAAGGAGAUUUAACAACCUGGUAAAGCCUUGAUACUGACUACAGAUAAGUUGCUAUUAGUGGUAAACAAAGAGCCAUCCUUGAGAGAUCAAGAGUGAUAAUAUUUUCAUUUAAUGAAUGUGAAGUUCAACCUGAGCAGUAUUACUAGGUCUCAUUCCGUUAACUCAAGAAAUUUGCACCUCUUAUCGAUUUCAAUAUAAAACAUGAAUAAUCCUUAUUUUACUGUUAUUUUUGUAGAUUAAGAAACUGAUGUAGAUGUUGAUAAUCAAGUUUCUAUAUUUCUGUUAACCUAAUUUUGUUCUUGUUUUGAAGACCCCCAAGUCUUUUUUUGGUCUGAAUUGACAUACAUAAUUAUUAUUGUUUCUAUUGGAUAAGUUUUCAGAUUUUGUUGUUGUUUCAUUUUAAGCUUGUUUAGUUUUUAAAGAAAAAAGGUUGAGAUGUAACAUCAAUGUUUUGUCACAGCCUUGGUGUCAUAAUUUUAUAAUUCUAUUUCUUUUAAGCUCGUCGGUUUUUGUUGGUGUCUGUCGUUGUUGUGCAAAAAAUUUAACCUUGGCCACAACUGAAAACAUUUUGGAGUUAUUCAAAUUAAACUUGGAACGCCUGUUGCUUGAGAUGAUAUGAACGUGUAUAGCAAGGCCCAUAACUCUGUCUUUAAUAAUGGUUGAGGUAUGUGGCUUUAUCACCUAAACAAAAUAGACAAACGUCAGUGCUCUUGUUUAAAGUUAGUUUUUGAUACCAUGUAGACAACUUAUAUGUGUAUUACUGUGCAUUAAUAUGACUGACAUAUGGUAUGUAAAAUGGGUUGUAGUCUACUGUUUGUGUCUAUCAAUGCUACCUUGUAUUUUUAUUUAAAUAUAAUGACUGUUUUCUAGGCAUCUGAAUAAGGUAAUAAAGAGGAGCGCUGUUUAUGUUGGUUUGUCUACAGUAUAAUGCUAUUUCUAUAAUGUGAUUAUGAAAGCAAACAAUCAGUUAAUAAACUAUAAAUAUAUUC